AGUUAAUGAUUUAUACACUUACUAUUUUUAUUCACAUAAAAACUUGUACUGAAAUUCGUUUUCACAAUGUAUAUUGUAUGAGUACAUCUAGAUCUAAUGUAAAAUUUCUUUUUAGGUACAAGUAGGAGAGAAAUAUAGUGUGAGAUGGGGUGGGCCAAAAAACAUAGAUAUGGCUCUAAUACUUGCUGAAGGUUCAGAACGUGACAUGCGUCAGAAGAUAUCCGAAAACAAGUCUAAACCUACAAGCAAGAUGACCAAAAAGUCUGAUUCUGAAGAGGGCUCAUUGAAUAAGAAUCCUUCCAGCAAGAAAAGGAAAGCAGAUCCUAAGCCAACAGGUAGCAAGAAUCCUGCGAAGUUGUUGAGAGUGACAACACCUAACAAUUCAGACACCACCAUCACCACAUCAACAACAUCCCCACAUGAGGUAACCAUCACAGAAUCCGCCUCCCCUUCAACAACCUCACAACCCCCCCUUGAAGAACAGGUACAGGAAACGGUUUCGCCAGCUCCCCAACAGCCUAUGAGCCCAGUUAUUCGUGAGAAUCAACACACCCCUGUGAGAACUCCUGUGACAACACCAGUGACAACCCAGCCAAAAUCACCCAGUAUUUUCAGGUACGGUAGACCAAAUAUUGGUACAGGGCCCAUGAUUUCUAGGCUUAACGCAAUGGAAGAGAGUGUGCGAAAAUUAUCUAAACGCGCUGAUGACCUACAGAAAGGACAGGAAAAGUGCUCCAGGGCUGUUUUUGAGUCUAUGUCAGUUCUUAAUGCCAUAAAGAAGAAUCAAGAUGUAAUCAUUUCCCUUCUUACAAAACAAUCUAAUGUAGAGCAGCACAUGCCACUUCAAGACACAACUUCUGACAGAAACAUACCAGAACAGUUUGAAAUCAGAGAUGACACACUCCGUGAAAUAAAGAGUCAGUCAUUAGGCCCUGGAAAUUUCGCCGCUAAGCUCACAAAAAAGUUAUUUCCCGAACUGUUCUGUUCUGAAAACCUGAGAAUGUUGUACAGCUGGGUAGGAGGAGGAGUGUUGAACAAGAAAGAAUUGUGUGCCACCAGAAAAGAAGUAAUUAAACAUUAUGUUGUGAAGUUUUUUCCAGAGUUUUCAGACGAAGGGGCCUUCAGGGAACGUAUUGUACCAAAGAUCAAUGAAUUACUACGACGAAAAGAAAAAGAAAGGAAGAGGCCAGACAUCAGUCAUCCAGAUAAAGAAAAUGUCAGGUCAGACCCACCAAUGGAUCUGUCUCUUGGAGAAAUAUUAACAUACCUAAAUUAAUUGAGAUUAAGUGAGCAUUACAAAGGGCACACUGCCCUUAGUGUCAUAGAAAUGUAGACAGACAUGUAUUAUAUGAAAUGUGAAAUAAAAUGCUUAUAAAUUAAUGCAAAUUGACAUACAAAUGUAUGUUAACUUGUAGAGAUGCAAUGAUUAAAGUUCGUGUUUAACAUGUAAAUAAAUGUACAUAUAUAUUUAUGACUUAUUAUAUAAAGUGCUUACAUUAUAUAUUUAUGAUAGUUGCCUCUCUUGAUCAGUUUUAUGAUGAUAUUUGAUUACAGUAAAACCUCUGACAGAGCACCGACCACUAUAAAACAACAAUAACAACCUGUCCACAUAAGACUUCGCAAUAAAUUUUACCCUUCUAUGUCAAUAUUAGGCCCUGUGAGGGGCUUAGUCAACCACAACUCAAAUAAGUUUUUGUGGUCUUUAUUUAAAUAAAGAAAGAAAACCAAAAUAUAUAUAUUAGAUUUCAAGAACAAAUUAUAUUUGUGACUAGAAAAUGAAAUACAUAAAGCUGCAAUCCAAGCUUUUAGAUAACAAAAAAGGAUAUUUUAACCAUACAUGUAAGAAAUUGUGCUCUUUAACUAUAUUGUGAACGAGUCGUGUACGAAACAAUGGGUUGGAAAAUGUUGAGUACGAAUGUGUGUAUUUAAUAAUUUGAUUCUAAACACAUUACGACAAAUCUGAGUUUCGAAACUUUGCAAACUUCUAAAAGGAUACAUAACAAAUCAUAUGAAAACAUUAACUUACGCUGUAGGGGCCAAUCAAGACUAUUAAAACAAUUUUUUUUACACGUGAGGGAAGAACGUUAAGGUUAAGUACUGCUAAAUCUUUACAACAUAAUACAGUAGGUUAAGAACGGAUAAAUCUUUACAACAUUUGGAUCAGAAAGGGUUUUGCUCUGCAGUGGUUGUUCUGUAUAUACAUGUAUAAAUGUAAAUUGUGUAGAUAUGCAGUAAAUAAAUAAAUUAUAUCAGAUAAAGUACACUUCUAAGUUAAAAUUUAAUAAUUUUGGAAUUAUCAAAAUUUAAAUGAAUUGUAGCCAGGCAUAUUCUAUUUAAAGGUAUUUCGACCUUUCUUUUUUUCUAUUUACCUUCUACACCAGUCUCUUAUCAUGUGCCCGCUCGUGCGCACGAUACAUUUUUAUCACUCGAAAAUAUAUCCAUUGAUUAAAGGCCGUGAUGUAUGAUUUACAAAUGUAAGAAUUGUGUUUUUUCUUUAUUAUGUGUUUUUUCUUUAUUAAUCAUUCCCAUUUUUAAGUGAUAUUGAGUUUUGUGUAAUAAAUAUUUCAAUAGAAGUUAAAUGAA